CAAUGAGACAAACUCUGAACGUAAUCGAGUUGUCAAGUGGCACUCAUUCCGAAAGAGAAUUGAAAUUCGAGUCUGCAUCUGGUUUCAAUUGUCGUCGGCUUGCUGAUGGAUUCAAUUCAGUAGCCAAAACCAAUUUUGAUUUCCACCAGGUCACCCAUUUAUCACACCCUUUUCGCUCUACCCAAAUUAGUAUCGACGACGCCUAGUCUUCCCCAUUUCCUCUUCACUCUCCUCCCACUAAUUCUCCUUUUUUCUCUAUUUUCCAAUUUUACCUACUUGAUUGUUGCUUUUUCAACACGCUAAUGGGUGAAUCCGGAGUGAAAUCUGCUCUAGUUGACGGCAAUCUUCUCAUCGCCAAAGCCCUAGUACGCGGCGGCAUCGACCGCAUGUUUGGCGUCGUCGGAAUACCUGUUACCUCCUUAGCCAACCGCGCCGUCGCACUCGGAAUCAGAUUCAUCGCUUUCCAUAACGAGCAGUCAGCAGGAUACGCUGCAUCAGCUUAUGGAUACCUCACCGGUCGUCCUGGCAUCCUCCUCACUGUUUCCGGCCCCGGAUGUGUUCAUGGCCUCGCCGGACUCUCCAACGCUGCCGCCAACGCUUGGCCGAUGGUUAUGAUUUCUGGAUCCUGCGAUCAGAAGGAUGUCGGCAGAGGAGAUUUCCAGGAACUCGAUCAGAUCGCCGCGGUAAAACCCUUCGUUAAGUUUUCCGUUAAAGCAAAAAACAUCAACGAAAUACCUAAUUCGGUUUUCAGUGUUCUCGAUCAUGCCGGAUCAGGUCGGCCCGGCGGAUGUUACUUAGACAUCCCCUCCGAUGUGCUCCACCAAACAAUAACCGAGUCAGAAGCAAACAAAUUACUAGAUGAAGCAGAGAAUAGUAGAAAGACAGAUCCAAUUAAGAAAGUAGCAAAAGAAGAAAUCGACAAAGCCAUAUCUUUAAUCAGAAAAGCCGAGAGGCCAUUGAUUGUAUUCGGUAAAGGGGCAGCCAUAGCUAGAGCUGAAGAUGAACUCAAGAACCUAGUUGAAAAAACCGGAAUCCCAUUCUUGCCGACUCCAAUGGGCAAAGGUCUAUUACCCGAUACCCAUGACCUAGCUGCAACAGCUGCCCGAUCACUUGCAAUUGGUGAAUGUGAUGUCGCCGUAGUUAUUGGUGCUAGAUUGAACUGGCUAUUGCACUUUGGAGAACCUCCAAAGUGGUCAAAAGAUGUUAAAUUCAUCUUGAUUGACAUAGAUGAAGAAGAGAUUGAUCUCCGAAAACCCUAUUUAGGCCUAAUUGGGGACGCAAAAAGGAUUCUUCAAGUACUAAACAAAGAGAUCAAAGACGACCCGUUUUGCUUAGGUCGAACCCAUCCUUGGAUCGAAUCCAUAACCAACAAGGUGAAAGAAAAUGUGUCAAAAAUGGAGGUACAGUUAUCCAAAGUUGUUGUCCCCUUUGAUUUCUUGACUCCAAUGAGGAUUAUCAGAGAUAAGAUUGCUAGUUUAGGUAGUCCUGCUCCUAUACUGGUUUCAGAAGGGGCUAACACCAUGGAUGUGGGUCGAUCCGUUUUGGUUCAAAUGGAACCCAGAACCCGGUUAGAUGCAGGAACAUGGGGGACAAUGGGUGUUGGUUUAGGGUAUUGUAUUGCAGCAGCAAUAGCUUCACCUGAUCGGCUUGUGGUUGCUGUUGAAGGUGAUUCUGGAUUCGGAUUCAGUGCCAUGGAAGUCGAGACUUUGGUUAGGUAUGAUUUACCAGUGGUGGUGAUAGUGUUCAACAAUGGUGGUGUGUAUGGUGGUGACCGGAGAUGUCCUAAUGAAAUUACAGGGCCUUAUAAAGAUGAUCCAGCACCCACUUCAUUUGUCCCUGGAGCAGCAUACCAUGUUUUGAUUGAAGCUUUUGGAGGGAAAGGGUAUCUUGUUGGGACCCCUGAAGAGCUUAAAUCUGCUCUUGAUGAAUCUUUUAGUGCAAGGAAACCUGCUGUUAUAAAUGUCACCAUUGAUCCGUAUGCAGGUUCUGAAAGUGGUCGAAUGGAACAUAAGAAUUGAGGGAAUUUUUUUUUUGUAGUUUUUGUUUGUGGUUGAUGUCUUAAACUCAUAAAAUAUGGAGGAAAAGAACAUGAAUAAAUUUGAAAUUGAUAAUGGUUAUGGAAUGAACAUGUUGUAAUCUUGUUG